CAAAAAAUGAAUAAAUGAACAUGCGGCAAAAUAGAACUUGAAAAAGUUUGCAAACCCUAAACCCUAAAUUGAAUUUCAGUGCGAACCCCAGCUCUCAAGCCUUAAUCGAGGAGAUUUGUUAUCAGAAAGAUGCUGCCAACUGAUUCGGUUAAGAGAUUAUCUUUUAAGCGGUGUGUGAGUGAGGGAGAUUUGGUUAUUGUGUACGAAAGGCAUGAUAACAUGAAGGCGAUUAAAGUAUGUGAAAGUGCAGUGCUACAGAAUCGGUUUGGGGUGUUUAAGCAUUCGGAUUGGAUUGGGAAGCCCUUUGGUUCGAAGGUUUUUAGUAGUAAGGGUGGGUUUGUUUACUUGUUGGCUCCGACUCCUGAGCUGUGGACGCUGGUUCUGAGCCAUAGGACCCAAAUUCUUUAUAUUGCAGAUAUUAGCUUUGUCAUAAUGUAUUUGGAGAUAGUUCCAGGUUGUGUGGUACUUGAGUCGGGGACUGGAAGUGGAUCUUUAAGUACCUCACUUGCAAGAGCUGUAGCUCCUUCUGGACAUGUCUACACAUUUGACUUUCAUGAGCAAAGGGCUGCUUCUGCUAGGGAGGAUUUUGAAAAGACAGGGUUAAGUAGUCUGGUCACUGUGGGAGUUAGGGAUAUUCAGGGUGAAGGGUUUCCAGAAAAAUUUACUGGUAAAGCAGACUCUGUCUUCCUGGAUUUGCCUCAACCUUGGUUGGCUAUUCCUUCUGUUGGAAAAAUGUUGAAACAGGAUGGGAUCUUGUGUUCUUUCUCGCCAUGUAUUGAGCAGGUGCAGCGUUCAUGUGAAACCCUUCGAUCAAAUUUUACUGAUAUAAGAACAUUUGAGGUACUUCUCAGAACAUAUGAAGUUCGAGAAGUUAAAAUGAACAGCUUCCAAGGAGAUGAAGAUCGUUCCACUGAGUUACCUCCUUGCAAGAGAAAACAACGUUUAAAUGAAGAAGGCAAUGGGCUGGAAAAUCCCAGUCCUCCAGUUGUCAUGGCUAGGCCAUCCAGCGAGGCAAGAGGUCACACCGGUUACUUGACCUUUGCUAGAUUAAAAUGUGCUGCAUAAAACCGUUAUUAAAGGUUUUUUCUCUCUGUUUUUCUGUCCAUGCACUUGCCUUUCAAGUUGUAAUGGCCACCAGAAGAAACUCAACAAGUAAAUUUUGGAAGCCAUUAUACUUGGAGGUUUUUUAGUUUUUAUUCAUCUGAGACAGAAUAGUGCUCUUCUCCAUCGGGACAGGCGCCACUUACAGUUACAGACCCAACAGAUUCCACAACAGGAAGAUAACAGUGUAAUGUUUACAUCAGUGAUUGAGGUUGUUGCAUAUUAUUUGUGACAGUAGUACUUGGUAAUGGUCACUUGCCCUGUAUCUUGGCUAUUCUGCUUUUAAUUCUAAAUUUUUAAUGAUUCGUUUUUGAAA